AUGGAGAGGCACCUCGACGGCGAGUCGCUGCCUCGAGACCGGGCGCGUCGCAGGCGCAGCAGCAGCAGCAGCAGUAGCAGUAGCAGUAGCAGCAGCCGCCGCUCGUUGCAGAGGCGGCGCCACAGGGCGACACGUUAUCGGCGGUCGCGUUCGCGCCGCCGUCAUUCCUCCAGGAAGCGGCGCCGCAGUCCGUCGCGGCGGAGCCGCAGCAGGGAGAGUAGCUGCAGUAGCGACCGACGUUGGAGUGACGGUAGCGGUAGCCGCGGUCGUCGUCGAUCGCACUCGCGGUGGCGUCGCAAGUCGGGCGGGGCACGCAGGGGCGGGACCGCGGCAGCCUUGCUGAGCUCGGAGCCGUUUAGCGUGCGGGCGGACCACGGCGUGUUGGAGCGUCCGGCGACGGAUUGGGUGUGUGGGGUGUGCGGCAACCCCAACUCCGUGAAGCGGGAGGACUGCUUUCGCUGCGGGACCCGCUUCGCGGUAAGCGUCAACGCCACCCCAAGCGAAGAGGUCAGGAUUUCGGGCCUUCCGCAGGGCGCCGCCUUUGCCGACAUCCAACGGGCCCUGGAGGAUCGCUUCGUGGAGCACGGCGACACCUGCCACAUUGUUGCGUACGACAUGAACGACAAGGACGAGAAACAAAGCGAGCAUGGGGGCGGACGCGCCGCCUACGUGCUCUUUGACAGCGUGGCGGAGGCCACCAAGGCACUCACGUACGCUCGCUCGCUGCUUGCCGUCGGUCAGAGCAUGUGUGCCAUGGAGUUUUCGACGCACCGGCGCGUAAGCGAGAAGUCGACGCCGGUGGCAAACACCACCGAAAAGACGGCUGUCGUCAAGCCCGUGGAGGGACUGCCCGCACAUCUGCAACCGGCUGUGUGGAGGCCGGUAGAGCACUUCUCCUCCGCCGAGGAGGAGAAGGAAUACCUGGACCUCCUCUCAAGACACUGGGAAAAAUUGUCGCAGGAGCAGAAGGACUACUACGACGAGGGAGUUCGUAGAGCACUGGCGGCGCAGCGCCGAAAACAGCAGGAGGCGAAUGGGGCGUCCAUCGUCCGAGAGCUGGCCCCAAACGCUGAGCCCGUGGCUGCUGCCCCGCCCAACGCCGGGUCAACGCUGGACAGCAUUAAGCGACGGCUGGCGGAGAAGAAACAAGCUGUGCGAGGCAGCGCGAGUGAGGCACCGGGGGUGAAGGAGCAAACGGGGCCGGCCGCCUCCUUGAAGGAGAGGCUGGCGAUGAAGAAGGCGCAGCUGUCCUCGGCAGCGAAGCCGUCGAGCGUCACCGAGACGGAGACGGCAACCGCGACCGCGGCAGUGUCGCCAUCCCCCACCCUCGCGCCGCACAGCGGCGCCGCACCGGCCCCCGUGCACCUGUUCUGCGGCUUCCCCAUUCCAUCGCGUUUCCCCGCAAAGACAGACUACCUCACAAAUUCGAGGUCGCCUUCCUUUCGCGCCGGGUUGAUGCUCCGCUACGUGCCGCCCGCUGUGGCAGAGCGCAUCGUGCCCCCGUCGGCCCGACCACCGCCAGCCUGA